AUGUCCAACUCUAAUCUUCGUAUUGCAUGUGUGAUGGUAGGCCUGCCUGCUAGAGGAAAGACCUAUAUUUCCCAGAAAGUUUGCAGAUACCUUACUUGGCUCGGUAUCAAUACCAAGGUGUUCAACGUUGGCAAUUAUCGUCGCAAACUGUACGGCGCCAAGCAAGAGCACUCAUUCUUUGAUCCUGAAAAUCCCAUUGGUAUUCAGCAGAGAAAGGAAUCCGCUAAAGCAGCAUUGGAAGACAUGAUCCGUUGGUUCAACGAGGAUCAAGGCAUUGUCGCUCUUUACGAUGCCACCAACAGCACACAGCAAAGAAGACAGUGGCUGCAUGAGGCACUCACUCAGGAGCAUAUCCAGGUGUUUUUCAUCGAAAGCAUUUGUCAAGAUGAAUCCAUCAUUUUGGAUAACAUCAGAGAAGUGAAACUCACUUCACCAGAUUAUGCCAACACCGAUCCAGAGCUAGCAGUCAGUGAUUUCAAGGCCAGAAUUGAUCAUUACAAAGAUCAGUACGAGACCAUCACCGAGAAUGACUAUACAUACAUUAAGUUAAUUAAUGUCGGCAGCCAGGUUAUCAUCAACAUGAUCCGUGGGUACUUGGAGUCUCGUAUUGUGUACUAUUUGAUGAACCUUCAUACGGCACCACGAAAGAUUUACAUGAGCAGACACGGCGAGUCCAUGUUCAACCUCGAGGGAAAGAUUGGCGGUGAUUCUGCUCUGUCACCACGAGGCAUGCUGUACGCAAACAAGCUGCCUGAACUGAUCAAGCAAAACUUGGGCGAUAAGGAUCUGAUUGUUUGGACAUCUACCAUGAAGCGAACUAUCCAGACAAGCUCACUGUUGGACUAUCCCAAAAUGCACAGAAAGGCAUUAGAUGAACUGGAUGCUGGUAUGUGCGAUGGCAUGACCUACGAGGAGAUUGAAGAGAAAUAUCCUGAAGAUUAUGCAAACCGUGACGAGGACAAGUUCAACUACAGAUACAGAGGUGGCGAGUCAUAUAGAGACGUGGUGUUGAGACUGGAACCAGUGAUCAUGGAUCUUGAGCGUCAAGGCAACAUCCUUAUCAUUGGACAUCAGGCAGUGCUGAGAUGUAUUUAUGCGUACUUUUUGAACUACAGACAGGAAGAUCUGCCUUACAUCAAGAUUCCAUUACACACCGUCAUUGAAUUAACACCAAAGGCCUAUGGAUGUGAUGAAAAGAGAUACAAGGUUGACAUUGAAGCUGUGGAUACACAUCGUCCCAAACCCAAGGCAGGAGCAGCACCAGCUCUGAAAAAGAAGCCUUCUAAACUGGAUGUCAACGGCAAUGCAACUACAAAUGGCACACCGUCUUUGGGAGCGAGUGGUGAGAUUGUGCAUGACAUUGGAAGUCCCAUCUUGCCUAUCAGCCCGCAACUUUGGCCCUCCACAAGCGCAAAUACAGCAUCUCAACAUACCAAAACCCCUUCGCAAUUGCAUUUAGAAUAA